GCGAAACCGAGAGGUAAAUUGGCAAAAAGCAAACACACGGUGACUAUACUACUGCCAAUCUUGGCAAGAUCGUAAACAAUUUGAAGCAAAUUAAGAUAAGUGUUCAACAAAGUAAAAGAAGGCAGUCUUGCAAAAACAUGGCUGUGUGUGGCAUUGCUUACUCAUCUCAGAAAGAGUGGGCUCAUCUGGUCAUGUGAGCUGAGUCAGAGUGCUGAGUGCAGCUUUAAGAACAUGACUACAAGCAGGCCGGCGCUUUUGCUGGUAACACUGGUGCUGUCUUCGUUGACGGUGCACAGUUCAUCAGGCUCCACUGUUUCACUGAUUGCUCCUGAUGUUGUUGACAUAGAGCAGAAGUCUUCAGCAACUGUCACAAUCUCAUCCAGCUCCCUGGUCAACCAGUCUGCAGAUAUCCAGUUUAAUGUGACCUACAGCUCCAAGCAUAACUACUCAACAAUCAUUACAUGGCCUCAGCAGGUUUUGUUACAACCAGGGAAAACCUCUGUCAUUUUUGAGGUGAAAGCCCACACUAUUGGUCAGGUGACCGUUUAUCUUCUGAGUAACAACUCAGAAAUCAGAAGCUUUGAAACAAGGAUUCGCUUUGCAGUCAUCUCCAGCAACACUCUGUCUAUUGUGAAUCAAGCGAUAGGAUGGUUGUACUUUGUUGCCUGGUCAAUCUCUUUCUACCCACAAGUCUGGGAAAACUGGAGAAGGAAAAGUGUCAUAGGUCUGAAUUUUGACUUUCUGUCUCUUAACUUAACGGGCUUCAUCUGCUACAGCAUCUUUAAUAUCGGGUUGUUUUGGGUGCCUUACAUCAAGGAAGAGUUCAUUAAAGCAAACCCCAAUGGAGUUAACCCUAUAGAUGCGAAUGACGUGUUUUUUAGUCUUCAUGCUGUCUUACUUUGCCUGAUCUACGUUUGUCAAGCUGCAGUCUAUGAGAGGGGCAGUCAAACUGUGUCCCGCAUCUCAUGGGUCCUAUUGCUCAUCAGCUGGACAUUUGCCCUCGUCAGCCUGUUUGUUGCAGUAGCAAAAUUCAUCACCUGGCUGGAUUACCUUUACUAUUUCUCUUACAUUAAACUUGGAAUCACUCUAAUAAAAUACAUACCACAGGCUUAUAUGAAUUACAGACGGAAGAGUACUGAAGGAUGGAGCAUUGGGAAUGUGGUGCUAGACUUCAUGGGGGGAACGCUCAGCAUUCUACAGAUGCUCCUGCAAUCUUAUAAUAACGAUCAGUGGGGGUUGAUAUUUGGUGACCCUACGAAGUUCGGACUGGGACUGUUGUCCAUUUUGUUUGAUGUACUGUUCAUGGUUCAGCACUAUGGCCUCUAUCGACAUUCCAGGGCGUAUGAACCUGUAGCAGACCAGGAGAGUAUAUCGUACAUGCCUGCACACGUUCCUUGUUGACUUGAACCCAGUGACAUACAUUUGGCCAAAGCCCUGAACCAAAAGACUACGGGUUCACAACUCUUCUGAAAGUUAUGAUUAUUUUUGAUUUCACAUCUCCAGAUUUUUUAAAUAGGUAGCACAAAAAGCUUUUCCUCUGCCAUUUAUCUUCUAUGUAUGAGAUCAUCUUCUGAUGAGUCUGUCAAACAAUAGCUGAAAUUACUUAAAUUGAAUGUUCUAAACAGUGUAUAUUUUUCUGAUGCCAAUAAAGUUUUAUAGCAAGUUUCAA